CCCGGAGAGAAGCAGCGUCGCCAUUUUGGUUCUGAUAGGGGGGCCUGCUGUCACCACGUGAAGGCGAGAAGCCCCAGACAGCGAAGUUCGGGGGGCUUUUACGAUAUAGCAGACAAUCCGGCCGGAGGAUCGAGGAUUCCGAUUCAUGAACAGUGCAAAAGUCGCGGUGAACAACCCUCAAGAAGCAGAAGCAUGCCCUCGAUAACUCUGCCGCCGAAGGAGAACGCGCUCUUUAAGAGAAUAUUGAGAUGCUACGAACACAAGCAGUACAGAAAUGGGCUCAAGUUUUGCAAACAUAUCCUGUCCAACUCAAAGUUUGCCGAACAUGGAGAGACCCUUGCAAUGAAGGGUCUGACCUUAAACUGCUUGGGCCGAAAGGAGGAGGCGUAUGACCUGGUACGACGUGGUUUACGAAACGAUCUGAAGAGCCAUGUCUGCUGGCACGUGUACGGUCUGCUUCAGCGCUCGGAUAAGAAGUAUGACGAGGCCAUCAAGUGCUACAGGAAUGCUCUUAAAUGGGACAAAGACAAUCUGCAAAUCCUCAGAGAUCUCUCACUGCUGCAGAUCCAAAUGAGAGACCUCGAAGGUUACAGGGAGACCAGGUACCAGUUACUGCAGCUUCGUCCAGCUCAAAGAGCCUCCUGGAUCGGAUAUGCAAUAGCUUACCACCUUCUGGAAGAUUAUGAGAUGGCGGCUAAGAUCGUGGAGGAGUUCCGCAAAACUCAACAGACAUCUCCAGAUAAAGUGGAUUACGAGUACAGCGAGCUGUUACUGUAUCAGAAUCAGCUGUUGAGGGAAGCAGAGCUUUUCAAAGAAGCCCUCGAUCAUCUGACCAGCUAUGAAAAGCAGAUCUGUGACAAACUGGCCGUAGAGGAGACACGAGGAGAGCUUCUUCUGAAGUUAGAUCGUGCUGGUGAAGCUACAGAGGUUUACCAUCGACUGCUGGAGAGAAACCCCGAAAACUGGAGCUAUUAUCAGGGGCUGGAGAAAGCACUCAAACCAAAGAGUGCAGAGGACAAGCAGAAAAUCUAUGAAGACGCCUGGGUUAAGUAUCCUAAAGGCCUGGUGCCAAGAAGACUCCCUCUCAGCUUCCUCACGGGUGAGAAGUUUCGAGAGUGUUUGGACCGCUACUUGAGGAUGAACUUCAGCAAAGGAUGUCCGCCGGUUUUUACCACGCUCAAAUCACUCUACCAUCACAAAGACAAGGUAGCGAUAAUUGAGGAGUUAGUAGUGGGCUAUGACAAAAGUUUAAAGACCUGCAAAAUGUUCAACCAAAAUGAUGACGGGAAAAUCGAGCCUCCCACUACUCUACUCUGGGUUCAGUAUUUCCUGGCACAACAUUUCAACCAUAUCGGCAAACACACGGUUGCCCUCGAAUACAUUAACACAGCCAUCGAAAGCACACCGACCCUCAUAGAGCUCUUCCUUAUCAAGGCAAAGAUAUACAAGCACGCGGGGAACAUCCGUGAAGCUGCUCGCUGGAUGGACGAGGCUCAGGCUCUGGACACCGCCGACCGCUUCAUCAACUCUAAAUGUGCCAAGUAUUUGCUGAAGGCUGGACUCAUCAAAGAGGCAGAGGAGAUGUGCUCCAAGUUCACACGGGAAGGAACCUCAGCGGUGGAGAAUCUGAAUGAGAUGCAGUGCAUGUGGUUUCAGACCGAAUGUGCUUUGGCCUACAAGUCUUUGAACAAAUACGGAGAGGCGCUGAAGAAGUGCCAUGAGAUCGAGAGGCAUUUUGUGGAGAUAACAGACGACCAGUUUGACUUCCACACAUACUGUAUGCGGAAGAUGACGCUGCGCUCUUACGUUGAUCUGCUCAAUCUGGAGGAUGUGUUGCGAAUGCAUCCUUUCUACUUCAAGGCAGCGCGGACAGCCAUCGAGAUCUACCUCAGCCUUCAUGAUAACCCGCUCUCCGAUGACAACAAGGAGUCGCAGGCUGACAACGCCAACCUGACAGACAAGGAGCUGAAGAAAUUGCGCAACAAACAGAGACGUGCCCAGAAGAAAGCUCAGUUAGAAGAGGAAAAGAAAAACGCUGAGAAGGAGAAACAGCUAAAAAACCAAAAGAAGAAAAAGGAGGAGGAUGAGGAGGAGAUUGGAGGACCUAAAGAGGAGCUCAUACCAGAGAAACUGGCAAAGGUUGAGAAUCCUCUAGAGGAAGCGGUGAAGUUCUUGACUCCUUUGAAGAACUUAGUAAAGAAUAAAAUCGAGACGCAUCUGCUGGCAUUUGAGAUCUACCUCAGGAAAGAAAAGUAUCUGCUGAUGCUGCAGUCGGUGAAGAGAGCUUAUUCCCUGGACCCCGAUCACCCGUGGCUCCACCAGUGUUUAGUGCGGUUCUUCAAAGGAGUGUCGGACAGUAAGGAUAUGCCGGAGGCUGUGCAGACGGUUCUGAAACAGGAGAUCACCAAGCUGUUUGGCGAGAGCGACCCCAAAACUUUCAACAAGAACUUCCUGAGCAAACAUGCAAACUCAAUACCACACAGAGUUGCAGCUGCUAAGAUGAUGGUGUUUCUGGACUCUUCCUCUGAAGGAAAGGCUGCAGAGUUGGCUACCUCUUUAAACGAGUCUCUCACAGACAGAAGCCUUCAGACGUGCGCAGAGGUGCUCCAGGCCCUGAGAGACGGCAAUCUGGGCUCCCAGCAAGAGAAAUACACCGAAUCCUACCGCGUGUCCUGCCACGGCCUCUACCCCUACGCCGUGGCCUUCAUGCCUCCCGGCUAUCAGGACAACACGGCGGUGACCACCAAUGGAGACCUUUCCCCCUGCGACCACGAGGACCUGCCCAACGAGAUGUGAAGCGCUUUUACACCAGACUCCACUGCACUAAAGACCACCGUUACCUUCCGCCGAGCAAUAGGGGAGAGAAAAACCUUUAUUUUCCUGUUCCUUUUCU